AUGUUGUCUGCCAUCAUGUCAACUGACCAGGCUAAGUCGCACCUUAGCACGGAGUCUCCUCCGGACUCGACUGCCAAAAAAUCACUCAGCCUUCCUUACAACCCUGUUCCUCCACCCCAUGGACCCAACCGCCGCUAUAUCUUCGGAGUCUACAUCCCAAAUAACGUUCUCGACAAGAGAUGGCACGAACUCAUGCCAGCCGAGCUCGAAUACCCCAGCGAAGAGUCCCUACCGAACGUCAGAAUUGGGUUCGCGAUGAGUUUUCCCCGAUGGGUAUCAUAUCAUCACCGUGAAAUCCAACCAACGCACAAAUACAGGUCUGCCUCCGCCUUACAAUCAACCCCCUCCUCUCGAAAUAGUUGA